AUGAGUAGUACACGCGUUUUUGAAGUUUUAAAUAGAAUCCAGGUUGCACUUGGUAGGAAUUCAUUUCCCGAUAUGAACUUUAAACCAAAGCAAAUAAAAUGCUUAGAAGCAAUUUUAAAAGGAAGAAACGUUUUAGCUGUUCUCCCAACUGGUUAUGGGAAAUCGAUCAUUUUUCAGUUGUUGCCAGAUUUUCUUUCAAAUGAAGAGAAAGGAAGUAUGAUAAUUGUUAUCACUUCCUUAAAUUCGAUUAUAGAUGACCAAAUGAAAUUUUUAAAAAAAGUUGGAAUGGAAUGUUUUCACUUGAAAAGCCCAUUUGACAUUGAAGAAGCAAGAACAAAUUUGUUCUCUGAUUCCUAUCCUGACAACGAAGUUAAUAGUACUGCACUACCAGAUUUUUCAAUAAAAAAAUUUAAAAUCUUGUUUUGUCACCCUGAAGCAAUUCUAAGUGAUGUGGGGAGAAACUUACUAAAGACAAACACACUCCAAAAAGAAGUAAAAGCCAUUGUUGUAGAUGAAGCACAUUGUAUAGACACUUGGGGUGAUAGCUUCAGAAAAGAAUUUCUUAAUCUUGGAGCCAUUAGAUCCUUUUUUCUGGACAUUCCUGUGCUUGCCCUAACAGCAACUUCUACAGUUAAAACAACAAGCAGAAUAAAAAUUGUUCUUGGAAUGAGGGAUUGUAUCAAAAAGAUUUUGUUACCGAUUGGAGAAGAUUUAAAAAAACAAGCGAAAGCAUAUCCACAGACUAUCAUAUACUGUAAAUUAAAGUAUUGUGGAUAUGGGUACAAACUUUUUGAAAGUAUAAUCGGCCCUUUGCAAUAUGUAGGAGGCGAAUGUAAACCAUCCAAAAGCUUGUUUGUGCAAUUUCAUGCACCCCAAACUAAGCACAUGAAGCAUGAAAUUAUUUCAGAAUUUUCAAAAAUCGACAGUAACAUCAGAGUCAUUUUUGCAACUUCUGCCCUUGGUAUGGGCGUAAAUGCACCUAAUAUGAAACAAAUUGUACAUAUUGGCCCUCCUCCAACAUUGGAGGAAUACAUACAGGAAAUAGGCAGAGCAGGUCGCAGAGGACAGGAUGCUGUAGCUGUGUUACAUUACAACAACUCUGACAUUAGUAUUGAUAGAAUUACGAAGGGAUUGAUUGACAAACAGAUGGCUGAAUAUUGCAAAAAUGACAGUAGCUGCUUGAGAUCUUUGUUGUUGAAGCAUUUCAAACAUAAAGCACCACCACAACAAAAAUGUUGUAUUAUAUGUCAUCCAGAAACCGACUAUGGUAAACUUGAUCACGUCUUGGUCAGAGAAAAAGUACAACGUAAAAUUAGUGAAGUUGAUUUGCAAAAAUUGUCACAAGAAUUUAAUAACCUGCUUGCAGAUUUGGAUGCAAAUUUAACAGAUGAUCCGCCAAGAGAGUUUUUUGGUCUUAGUAUGGAUACUAAAGAAAUUGCGGAGAAGUUUUCAAUGAUAUUGGAUAAUGUCACUGAAAUUGAAAAUGAAGAUAGCCUUUUGGGAUUUGGUCUUUGGGACGAAGAUGUAUCGAAAAAAGCAUAUGAGCUCAUACAAAUUUACACUACAGAAUUACCUUGA